AUGGACACCCAUGACGUCUCACACGUAUCUGAACACCUACAGAUCCCGCAGAUACAAAAGCAAACUCUUCAAAAUGCCUACUCUCGUAAGGGCCAGACUCCCGAGCCGACCAAGUCUCGCGUCGAAAUCAUAUCGCAGUUCAUGUUUCUCCAAAUGACGGGCAAUAGCAGAGCGGUGGAUCCGCAUGCGUUAAGUGACCUGAAGAAGGUCAUGAUCAGGUAUAUUACCUUUGAGACUCAUCAUCGUGGUUCGUACAUUCUGGUGAGAGCAGUCAUCCCAACGGAUAGAAUGACUGCGAUCAUGGCCGUGGCGGAGGAUAAGAAAGGAGAUGUCCUCAUGCUGCAGCUAUAUAACCAGGGAAAAGAUCUUGCUAGUGAUAUCCGACUUGUUGAAGGAACAGUGAUGCUUACAAAGGAGCCUUACUUGAAGAUGAUGGCUGACGGAGACUAUAGUCUACGAGUUGGCCACCUCUCCGAUAUCAAGUUCAUCCCAGACCAUGACUCUCUCGUGCCGUCGGUAUGGAGAGGUUGGCUAAAGGAUCACGCUUCUGCUGACUCCUGGAAGACAAACAGGAAUGGAUUCUUCAACAAGGCUGUGUAUCAUCUCGCUAUUGACUGGUACACUUUGAAUAGAUAG